AUGUCUUCCUCUCUCUCCACAGAUCGUUUUGCUGUGAAUUUCAAUUCCAACACUCACAUUGCUGAGGUGGUACUGAAUCGUCCCAAAAGAAUGAAUACCAUGGACAAGGCCUUCUUUUCUGAAUUUCUCAAAAUCAUUCGAGCACUCGAUGAAAACAAGGAAGUAUUUGUCAUUGUGAUCAAAAGCACUCCGAUGGAUCAAUGUCCACACUUUAGUGCAGGAUUGGAUCUGAAAAGCAUUACCAGUGAUUUAAUGCCCUCCGAUGAUCAAGAAUCCGAAUCUCCAGCAGUCUCCAAUUUAAAACUUGCAGGAAUCAUUCAUGAAAUGCAGCAAGCAUUCCGAAUGUUGGAAAAGACAAACAAGCCAGUGAUUGCUGCUGUGAAUGGAAUGUGUAUUGGUGGUGCUAUUGAUUUAAUUACAGCGUGUGAUAUUCGAUAUUGUACAAAGGAUAGUAUGUUUUCGAUCAAGGAGACUCGUGUUGGAAUUACUGCUGAUUUGGGAACAUUGAAUAGAAUUCACAGAAUUGUUGGCAGAGGAUUUGCAAGAGAAAUGGCAUUCACUGGUGAUGAUUUUGGAGCUGCCAGAGCUCAUCAUUUUGGAUUGGUCAAUCAAGUGUUUGACACACAAAAAGAAAUGUUUGAAGCUGCUCAAAAAUUAGCUCUUUCCAUUGCAUCAAAUUCUCCUCUCAUUGUUCAAGCCACGAAACAUGUCAUGAAUUAUGCUGAAGAGCAUUCCAUUGAUGAUGGUUUGGAUUAUGUCAGAUUAUGGAAUUCUGCAUUCUUAAAGUCAGAGGAUUUGACUGAAGCUUUUAUGGCAUUCAUGGAAAAGAGAAAACCAAAAUUCCAAAACCGAUUGUAA